AUGAAAUUUUUAAUAAAAUAUGGCCAUCAGGACGAUAUAAAAGAUUUAACAUUUGAUGAAUUGGUACAAUUAGGGAGAGAUACUUUGCAAAUAAGACCACAUGACGUCAAACAGGAAGACGUGUCGUUUUAUCUUUUUACAAGGACUUCAUCUGAUGUUAAAUUAGAUUAUGACACACCUUCAAAUAUGACAAACCCGGUAAAAUUCAUCAUACAUGGAUUCAUAGAGAAUCACAGCAGAAAAUGGUAUAAAACCAUGACUGACGAAUAUUUGAAGCGAGGUGACUACAAUGUUAUUCAAGUUGAUUGGGAGAGACCGUCCAGAUCUAAUUACGUAUCUUCUGCAUAUAACACUAGAUUUGUUGGUAAUUUUAUAGCUAAAUUUAUUUUGGCCCAAAAUAUUACUCCAGAAAAUAUACAUCUUAUUGGACUUUCUCUUGGCGGGCAUGUGGCAGGCUUUACCGGCAAAGCCGUGAAAAAUUCUACAGGAAAGCGUUUAGCAAGGAUCACGGGCUUGGACCCCGCAGGACCGUAUUUCACUCAAAAUUUUAUAUCGGCAGACGACAGAUUGAACAAAGAGGAUGCCGUAGACGUCGUUGUCUUUCACACGGACGCUGGCUUUUAUGGCUAUCCGGAUCCCAUUGGCACAUUGGAUGUGUACUUUAAUAGAGGCACUAGAAGUCAGCCAGGUUGCAUUGCAUCGUUUGGAACUACUUCUUUGGGGACAAUUAUUCAAAGCUCCUUUUGUAGUCAUGCAAGGAGUUUUGAAUACUUCAUAGAAUCUAUAAAUUUAAGGAAUGUUCACUGCAGAAAGUGUGAAAAUAUAGAACGGUAUGAUAGGGGUGACUGCGAAGGAAACAAAGAAUAUGUUUUUGCUGCAGAAGAUAGUGUAACCGAUUUUACUGGAGUUUGUUUUACUGAAACCUCAUUUAAAUCUCCUUUUUUAAAAGAAAACUGAUGCAGUUAAUUUGAUCUGUUAAUUAGUGUCUUUAAUAUAUGCAAAACUAUAACUGUGUAUAAAUUAUAAAUCUCGACUCAAAAUGAUUAAAAUAAGACAACAAUUAA